UGUACGUGGAAGAAGCCAGCUCAUGCGCAGUCCGCGCCUUUGGUCUCAGCUGUGCGGGCAGGGCUGAGGGUAACAUCCCGGGCUCGGGGGAGACUGUCGGGGUCAUGGCCAGCCGCUGACAGGGCCCGCCGAGUGAGGAAGGGGGCGAGGCCGUUCCGGUGCACCCUUCCCCGGGCCUGAGGCCGGUCGGCCUGGCCCUCGGUCUUCCCACUUGGUGCUGUCGCCGCGGCCGCCGGCUCAGGAGGGGAGAUGAGUUGGUUCAACGCCUCCCAGCUCUCCAGCUUCGCGAAGCAGGCCCUGUCCCAGGCCCAGAAGUCCAUCGACAGGGUCCUGGAUAUCCAGGAAGAAGAGCCGAGCGCCUGGGCCGAGACCAUUCCGUACGGAGAGCCGGGAAUAAGUACCGCUGUCAGUGGAGGAUGGGAUUCUUCAACCUGGGGGUUAAAGUCAAACACUGAACCUCAGAGUCAGCCAGUAGCCUCUCCUAAAGCAAUUACAAAGCCAGUUCGGAGAACUGUGGUAGAUGAAUCUGAAAAUUUCUUCAGUGCCUUUCUCUCUCCAACGGAUGUCCAGACCAUUCAGAAGAGUCCAGUGGUAUCAAAACCACCAGCUAAAUCACAACGACCAGAAGAAGAAGUGAAAAGCGCUUUACAGGAAUCCUUGCACACCGGACUGUCAAGAACACCUGAAACAACUGAGUCAAAAGUAAAAGACUCUACUCUAUGUGUACCAGGGGAAACUCUCGCUGUAGAUACUCUGUCACCUAAAACUGAGGGCAAGCAUGAAGAAACUGUUAAUAAAGAACCUGAUACAAAGGCGUCAACUGUACAUUUGAAAGUGUCUGAAAGUGUAAUUAAUGUGAAAACAACUAGAGAAAACAUAUCUAAUAUAUCUACGGCAGACACAAAGGACAUGGCUUUGGAACCUAAGGAACAAAAACAUGAAGACCGACAGAGUAAUACACCUUCUCCUCCUGUUAGUACCUUCUCGUCCGGUACUUCUACCACCAGUGACAUUGAAGUUUUAGAUCAUGAAAGUGUAAUAAGUGAGAGCUCAGCAAGUUCGAGACAAGAGACUACAGAUUCCAAAUCAAGUCUUCACUUGAUGCAGACAUCUUUCCAGCUUCUCUCAGCAUCUGCUUGUCCUGAAUAUAAUCGUUUAGAUGAUUUCCAAAAACUCACCGAGAGUUGCUGCUCUUCUGAUGCUUUUGAAAGAAUAGACUCAUUUAGUGUACAGUCAUUGGAUAGCCGUAGUGUAAGUGAAAUCAAUUCAGAUGAUGAACUGUCAGGCAAGGGAUAUGCUUUAGUACCUAUUAUAGUUAAUCCUUCAACUCCAAAAACUAAAAUAAAUGAAUCUGUUGAAGGAAAGUCUGAAGAAGUGAAUGAAACAUUAAUUGUACCCAUGGAGGAAACAGAACUGGAAGAAAGUGGACGAAGUGCAACACCUGUUAAUUGUGAACAGCCUGAUAUUUUGGUUUCUGUUACACCAAUACAUGAAGGACAUACUGCCUUAGACAAGUUGGCUGAGCAGUGCGAAGCUGCUGAAAGUAAGCCAGAAGCACAUUCUGAGAAGGAAGAUGUUUGCAAGGUAACUCUAGAAAUUGAAUUUCUGAAUGAGAAACUGGAUAAAAGGGAGGCUCAGUUAUUAUCUCUUAGUAAAGAAAAAGCACUUCUAGAAGAAGCCUAUGAUAAUCUGAAAGAUGAAAUGUUUAGAGUGAAAGAAGAAAGCAGCAGCAUUUCUUCUUUGAAAGAUGAAUUUACUCAAAGAAUUGCAGAAGCGGAAAAGAAAGUUCAGCUAGCCUGCAAAGAGAGAGAUGCUGCUAAAAAGGAAAUUAAAAGUAUAAAGGAAGAACUUGCUACUAGAUUAAAUAGUAGUGAGACUUCAGAGCUUUUGAAAGAGAAAGAAGAGCAGAUCCGAGGGUUAAUGGAAGAAGGAGAAAAACUUUCAAAACAGCAGCUGCAUAAUUCUAACAUUAUUAAGAAAUUAAGAGCUAAAGACAAAGAAAAUGAAAAUAUUAUUGCAAAGCUGAACAAAAAAGUUAAAGACCUAGAAGAAGAUUUGCAACAUUUAAAACAGGUCCUUGAUGGCAAAGAAGAAGUUGAGAAACAGCAUAGAGAAAGCAUUAAAAAACUAAAUUCUGUGGUGGAACGCCAAGAGAAGGAUCUUGGCCGACUUCAGGUAGAUAUGGAUGAACUUGAAGAAAAGAACCGAAGUAUUCAGGCUGCUCUGGAUGGUGCAUACAAAGAACUUACUGAUCUCCACAAAGCCAAUGCUGCAAAGGAUAGUGAAGCACAGGAAGCUGCUCUAAGUCGUGAAAUGAAAGCUAAAGAAGAGCUUUCUGCAGCACUAGAGAAGGCCCAAGAAGAAGCCCGUCAGCAGCAAGAAACAUUAGCAAUUCAAGUUGGGGACCUUAGGCUGGCACUGCAACGUGCAGAACAAGCAGCUGCCAGAAAAGAGGAUUAUUUACGCCAUGAGAUCGGUGAACUCCAACAGAGACUCCAGGAAGCAGAGAAUCGAAACCAAGAGUUGAGUCAGAGUGUUUCAUCAACAACAAGACCAUUGCUUCGACAGAUAGAAAAUUUGCAAGCAACUCUAGGGUCCCAGACAUCAUCGUGGGAGAAGUUAGAGAAGAAUCUUUCUGAUAGACUUGGUGAAUCCCAGACUUUGUUGGCAGCAGCAGUUGAAAGAGAACGUGCAGCUACAGAAGAACUCCUUGCCAACAAAAUUCAAAUGUCCUCCAUGGAGUCACAGAAUUCACUCUUAAGACAGGAAAACAGUAGAUUUCAGGCCCAGUUAGAAUCAGAGAAAAAUAAGCUAAGAAAACUUGAGGAUGAAAAUAAUAGGUACCAGGUUGAAUUAGAAAACCUAAAAGAUGAAUAUGUAAGAACGCUUGAAGAGACAAGGAAAGAAAAGACACUACUGAAUAGUCAGUUAGAAAUGGAGAAAAUGAAAGUUGAACAGGAAAGGAAGAAAGCCAUUUUCACCCAAGAAGCAAUAAAAGAAAAGGAACGGAAGCCAUUUUCUGUUUCUAGCACUCCCACCAUGUCACGUUCGAGUUCAAUAAGUGGCGUUGAUAUGGCAGGGCUGCAAACAUCUUUUCUGUCUCAGGAUGAGCCUCAUGAUCACUCAUUUGGACCAAUGUCUGUAUCGGCAAAUGGAAACAAUCUUUAUGAUGCUGUGAGAAUGGGAGCAGGAUCCAGCAUUAUUGAAAAUCUACAGUCUCAGCUAAAGCUAAGGGAAGGAGAGAUUACUCAUUUACAGCUAGAAAUUGGCAACCUAGAAAAAACACGCGCAAUAAUGGCUGAAGAGCUAGUUAAAUUAACAAAUCAAAAUGAUGAACUCGAAGAGAAAGUAAAGGAGAUACCCAAACUUCGAACUCAGCUAAGAGAUUUGGAUCAAAGAUACAACACUAUUCUGCAGAUGUAUGGAGAAAAAGCAGAAGAGGCAGAAGAACUUCGAUUAGAUCUUGAAGAUGUAAAAAAUAUGUAUAAGACUCAAAUAGAUGAACUUUUAAGACAAAGGCUCAGUUAACUUCUGAAAAUUACAUUCCUAUCAAACUGAAUGUAAACAUUUAAUAUCUAAAUGUAGACUUCCAAUAAAUUCUUUUAUAGAAAUAGAAAGUGGAAUUUACUGUAGAGUUCAAAAACUAAAAAAAAAAUUGUUUUAUAGUAUAUAGUAAUACUUGCAGUUAAAUUAUUUUGUGCAAUAUUUGAACUUUAUUUUUGAAACUAUUCUUUAAAGAUUUAUUUUUUAAAGCAUCAGUGGUUUUUUUGUUUUUGUUUUGUUUUUUUUUGUCUUGAAUAUCAGCACAGAGAUUACUUUUCCUCAUAUCAAUAUGGUUAGGGAAGGAGAGUAGUGUUCAUAUGUUGUAUUGUAAAUAUAUAAUUAAUUGUAUCUGUAAUUUAUAUGUGUUUGUAUAUAUUAAGGACAUUUAAAGAGUGAUAUUAACAUAUUGAAACUUUGAAAUCUUUCACAUUUCAACAUAUCUAAUUGCUACUUCAUGAACAUGGACAUUAAGUGUUCUAGUAAAAAAAAUUAUUAAACCUGUAGUUACUAAAUUUUGAACUAAUUUUUUUCUUUUAAAGUAGAAGUCACACUGACAACUGUCUGAAGUUUAAAGGGUGAAUGAUUUAAACUUUAAAAUUUUUGUGGUCUGAGAAUUUCUGUCACCCGGACUCUACAAUAAAGUCUGUACAAACUUUGGUACCUCUCUAGUGAAAGCUGUAGCUAUUCAGUUAGUUAUAUAGGCAUGAUUGGAUAGUGGAAAAUUUUACUUAAAAUGAUUUUGUGAUGAGAUCAGUGACAUUUGAGUGAUUUUGAAGAGGUAUUGUUUUACUGUCCUAUAAAAUGAAUCGAAAGUGAUUAAAAUAAUACCAUCAUUUUCACUUAAAAACUAAUUGUUCACAUUUUGUAAAGCCUUAUUUUUUGGCACAUUAAAAAUCAGUGUUUGAUAUUACAGAAUAUUCAUAACAAUGUAGAGAAAUUAUCGGAGUUAAUUUAAAUUUGGCAUUCUGUAAUUCUGUAUAAUUUAUCAUUUUAUUUUUUCUCAGAACUUUACA